AUGCAGACUCAGGAGGAACGUGUGACUUGCCAAGACAUUCAAAGAGCAUCGGUCUUGCCUGUCAAACUCGUAGUAACUGUUUACCCACAUGCAUUUCAAUGCUCGCAGUGCCCGCUUGGUGGUUUUGUUGGCUUCGAUAACUUCGAAGAUCUCCCGCUUUACCUGCCUAGCAACCGACCAAAGCGCUUGCCACAACGAACGGAGAACCCUCCAUCACCCACACUUCCAACUCCUACCCGCUCCAAUCCUACAAUGACAGAAAAAGGUAGAGGUCAUCACAUGUCCCUACCCAUCUUACAUCCUCGAGUUCGUGGCAAUCACCAGGAGGUUUUGGCACACCCUACGGUGAUCCAGUCCCGGUGA